CGAGAGUAGUCUAUCUGUGAGUAUAGACUGACCGUCACCGUGGUGGAAACUUCAAACGCCACACAUCUGGUCCUAGCUUUGUCCAGCACCGGGGCUGCCGAAUCAAAUAUCGUUUAAUUGAAGGACUUGGCAAAGAUGGAUACUUUAUACAGAACAGGUAUCUGUUCUUCGGUCAAAUGUAUGGCUGGUUAAUUAAUGGUUACACUCUACUCUGCGACUGUAACUCAGUCCUAAUCAGAUGAAGACCCAUCGGCGCGAGCGCAGUGGUGGUGCAUUAAGAGGAAAGACGCAAUAACGGGUUCAUGAGGAUCGGGAUUUGUUUUAUUAUGACGGACACACGGAUUUACUAUGACAACUAAGCGCAAAUCGAUGAAACUGAAGCUGCGGCGGUGUUUCAGUGAGACGCUGCGCGAUUCCACGUCGAAAGCCUGGGAUCUACUAUGGAAAAAUGUCAGGGAGCGAAGACUCGCAGAACUCGAGGCGAAGGAGGCGUGUGAUUGGCUACGAGCGGCAGGAUUCCCCCAAUACGCUCAGCUCUUUGAAGACUCCCAGUUCCCCAUCGACAUCUCUCCUGUGAAGAAAGACCAUGACUUUCUGGACAACGACCUGGUGGAACCUCUCUACAGACGACUCAACACCUUGAACAAGUGUGCCUCUAUGAAACUAGAUGUCAACCUUCCUAAGAAAAAGAGUGAAGACUCUGAUGAGGAGGACCUGCUUGCCAUCAGUGACAGAUGGACGUUUGAGUGGACGAGCCGCCGCUGGUCCAGACUAAAGGGGGAGGGGCGGAGUCCCAGGGAGCGGGAGGGCCGGGGCCUGCGGAACACUACCAGUAGCGAGAGUGUUCUAACUGACCUCAGCGAACCAGAGGACUCAUCUCUCCACAGUGAGAGCAGCGGGGGGAGUGGCCACCAGGCUGUGAGCACAGAGGACUCAGACUGCUCUAACCGGAACUACUCUGACUCUGCAGCCAUGCCUGAACCUGACUCCAAAUCCCUUACCCUGCCACACCUCCGUAAGCACCUCCCCUAUUACGGCUCGUUGCCCACCAAAAACAACCGUGCCGGACGGACCCGAGCCAAGGACUUCCUGCGCCACAUGGAGACGCUACGUUCCCGGGGCACGUUGGAUAGGGGGAGGAGCAAGAUGCUGGUUAUCAGCGCUCCGGUACUGCAGAUGGAGCCGCAGGCCCUGAAGACGAUGCGCUGUGUGGAGAUCACCAAUGGGGACGGGUCAAGGGCGGAGGUACCCACUGGGGGACCAAUCCUAGGGCUAACCCCCCAGUGCCCCUCCAGCAGCGAGGGCAGCCACUCCAGCGGCAGCACCGUCUCCUCCCCCAGUCUAAAGGAGAGGAAGCCCCACUCCCAGCGGACGGACCGGUCUGACGCCAAGCGCAGUGGCAUGUAUCUGGAGGACUUGGCUGUGUUCUCCAGCCUGCAGGGGAACAGUGGCGUGGCCGAACACAACCGGCAUAACGAGUUCCGCUCCUACGAGGACCUGGUGGUCCACAUACCCAAAGACCACAAGCCUGGCACCUUUCCCAAGGCCCUGUCCAUAGAGAGCCUCUCCCCCACCUUGGGGGCCUCUGUCCCCUGGCACAGCUGCAGCCUCAAUCCCCUGGAGCCCCAGUCCGACCCCAACCCCCGACCUGACUCUAACCCCAGGGAGUUCCACCCCCGCCCCGCCACCCAGUUCUGCCCACGGGGCAGUAGGAUCAGUGUGUACGACAACGUCCCUGGGUCUCACCUCUAUGCCUCUACUGGAGAUCUGUUGGACAUGGAGAAGGAAGACCUGUUCCCCCACCUGGAUGACAUCUUGCAGCACGUCAACGGCCUGCAGCAGAUAGUGGACCGCUGGUCCAAGAACAUGCUGCCCUCUGCAGGCCUGGACAGACAGGGGAUCCAGUCUGCAGGUAUGGCGUCUUCCAGCCAGAUCACGCUGGACUUUGAGGGAACGUCUGUUCUGGAGGGACAGAGCACAGCCAGUGACAGGGACAGAGACCGUGUGUCACUCAUUGAGACUCACUGUACAGGACACAGAGAGAGGAGGGACUCAGGCGUGGGAGCAUCGCUAACCAGACCCAACCGUCUGCGAUGGCCCAGCUUCCAGAUGUCCAACCGGCUCAGCCACUCAGUGGCCUCGCUCCAGAUCACCAACCAAUCAGCAGGCCAGCUCAGCCUGCUGCAGAAGUUCUCUCUCCUCCGCCUCACUGCCAUCAUGGAGAAAUACUCCAUGUCCAACAAACACGGAUGGACCUGGUCAGUUCCAAAGUUCAUGAAGAGGAUGAAGGUUCCUGACUACAAGGACAAGAACGUCUUUGGUGUUCCUCUGAUUGUUCACGUCCAGCGCUCUGGUCAGCCCCUCCCCCUCAGCCUGCAGCAGGCCCUUCGAUAUCUCAGGAGCCAGUGUCUUGACCAGGUGGGUCUGUUCCGUAAGUCUGGUGUGAAGUCUCGUAUCCAGGCGCUGAGACAGAUGAAUGAGUCGUCUCCUGAUGAUGUCAGCUACGAGGACCAGUCAGCGUACGACGUAGCAGACAUGGUUAAACAGUUCUUCAGAGACCUGCCUGAACCUCUACUGACCAGCAAGCUGGGAGAGACCUUCCUACACAUCUACCAGUAUGUUCCUAAGGACCAGCGGUUGCAGGCUGUGCAGGCGGCCAUCAUGCUGAUGUCAGACGAGAACAGGGAGGUGCUCCAGAUGUUGCUCUGCUUCCUAGAUGUUAAGAACCAGAUGACUCCCAUGAACAUCGCUGUGUGUUUGGCCCCGUCCCUGUUCCACCUCAACAUCCUGAAGAAGGACAACCUCUCCCCCAGGGCCAUGCAGAGGAAGUACACGACAGGCCGGCCCGACCAGAAGGACCUGAAUGAGAACCUUUCCGCGACGCAGGGACUUGCCCACAUGAUCAUAGAGUGCAACCGACUGUUUGAGAUUCCUCACGAGAUGGUGACUCAGUCCAGGAACUCGUAUGCGGAGGCAGACCUUCACGCUCCCACCUUAGAGGAGCUCUGUAGACAGCAGGAGGAGGACGAUGCGUCCUACCAGGCAGAGGCCAGACCCUGCCAGACACACUCCGAGACCAGACCGCAGAACCUGUACCAGAGCUACGUAGAGAGCAGGCUGCAGGAGCUCCUGAAGGAGGCCAGAGAGAAGGCUAAGGGCUGGGUGUCCUGCACCAGCUCAGACAACACUGAGCUCUACUGUAAGAAGGUUGGUGAUGGGAACCCUUUGCGGCGGUGGCGUGUGGCGGUAGAGGUGGAGGCCCCUCCCUCGGUGGUGUUGAACCGCGUGCUGCGAGAGCGCCACCUGUGGGACGUGGACCUGCUGCAGUGGAAGGUAGCUGAGACUCUGGACAGACACACUGAGGUGUUCCACUAUGUCCUCAACCGCAUGCCACCACACCCCAGCAGAGACUUCCUGGUCCUACGGUCAUGGAGGACUGAACUUCCCAAGGGGACGUGUGCAUUGGUGUGUGUGUCUGUAGAACAUGAGGACUGUCCCCGGGUCGGUGGGGUAAGGGCUGUGGUUCUAGAGUCUAACUACCUUCUAGAACCCUGCGGCUCUGGGAAGUCCAGACUCACUCACAUCUGCAGGGUGGACUUCAAAGGGCGGAGUCCAGAGUGGUACAACAAGGCCUUUGGUCACCUCUGUGCUGCUGAAGCAGCUCGCAUUCGCAACUCCUUCCAACCAAUCAGCACAGAGGGGCCAGAGACCAAGAUCUGACACUAGAGUCUUCCAUCCAUAGAGCUAGACCGACACAUACCUGGAGGGAACUAGUCACAAACUGGCCUGGCCUAGAGCUAGUGUUACCGAGUUGGAUUUGUAACCUCACUCCCAAGCCUGAAAUAUCUCCACCUUCACUAUCGAACUGCUAACUUUUCGGUAGCAUAGUUGGCUAAGACGUUGUCAAGAUGCUAGUCACCUGUGUUUGCUAGACAGAGGAUGCAAGAUCAAGGACCAGUAAGGAUAUGUGAGUGAGGAAGCUAUACCGAGGAGGCACAGUGAUGUCUGUUACACUAGACCGAAUGAUGUCUGGAGCUCCAGUAGGUGCUAGAGGAGGACUGAGAGGAGGAGUAUAUAUUCAUACUGUCCUGAAGCCAAUAGGCAAAGCUGAAGCACUAAACCAGCGGAUGGCCCCGCCCUUUCGCCUCUGACCACCGAACAUCGAUCAUCAUUUUCUAUUUAUUUCCCGACGAUUCUACAUGUUGAAUCGCCGCCGUUUGUCGACCCCCGGCAGGUGUGUGCAGCCAACGUUCAUGUUGGUCUGUCUUGAAAUGUGAUGCCAGAACACAGGGACUAAAGAGAGUAUGGAGCUUUCUGGACUGUCUACACAAUGACACAACAUGAGCUCCUUAGGUGCUGGACGUUAUUUAGACGUAAUUAUGAUGUUAUUAUGACAUGUAUUAUUAUUAUUAUUAUUAUUAUUUGUAUUAUUAUGACCGAAAGGGGAACAGAACGAUCCAUUCAAUGUCCAUUAGUAUUCAGUAUUAGAGUUAUGUCUAGGACAUUUAAGCUCUUUAAAGCUUCUGGAAAGCUGUAUAUUAUUUUAUUCAUGUAAAAUGUCAUGCUUUAUGUUAGAUAUGCUGUAUGUGCACGCAUGUGUCUGUAUAUAUAUAUAUCUGUGUGUGAAAACAUACAAGUAUACUAGCUGUAUAUACUGUAUAAUUGAAAGGCUUAAUGCUACAGCCUGCAUUGUGUCAUAGUUAUUAUAAUUCAUUUGGUACUAAUCUGUAAACUGGUUUUACUGGGCUUCAACAGUGCUGUGUGUUUCUGAAUGGGUGUAAUGUUAUUCUAUAUGACCUUAUUGUUUAAGGUUGAAAACAUGUCUGCGUCCUAAAUGGCACUCUAUUUCCUAUAUAUUGCACCACUUUUAACCAGAACCUCCAUAGGGCUCUGGUCAAACAUAGUGCUCUAUAUAGGGAAUAGGGUGCCAUUUUGGAUGGAGCCCAUGUGACUCAGGUUUGAUCUCCAGACCUGCUGUUGAAAGCUGGCUGGACUGAGCUUCAGUUUAGUUCCAGAGACAAGAUUUUUUAAUUAAACAAUGUAAAAAAAAACAUUACAUGUUUAUAUUGCCUAUUUUUACACAGACAAAUGCAAUUAGAAUGGAUUAGAAUAGAAACUUAAUUGCUCUAAGGGAAUUUGCUUAAUUGAAAGUCGCUCUCUCUUCACUCCAUUUGCACGUGUUUAUUUGUAUGUUGUAUGUUCCGCUAGUCAACACCUCACCUCACGUGGUGUGUUCUCUACUUCACGUCCCAAAUGGCACCGUAUUCCCUACAUAGUGCACUACUUUUGACCAAAGCCCUGGUUUAAAGCUGUGUACUAUAUAGGGAAUAGGGUGCCAUUCAGGAUACAUUAUAUGCCUUUACUCUAUACCACCCUGCAUCCCAGUGCUGGCUUCACUCUGAAGCUAAGCAGGGUCAAUCCUGGUCAGUCCGUGGAUGGGAGACCAGAUGCUGCUGGAAGUUGUGUUGCGGAGCCAGGCAAUGUGAUUGGGAACAUUGCGCUGUGUAGGGUGCUGUCUUUUGGAUGGGACGUUAAACAGGUGCUCUGACUCUCUGUGGUCACUAAAGAUCCAUGGCACUUAUCGUAAGACUUAACCCUGGUGUCCUGACUGAAUUUCCCAUAAACUCUAUAUUAGCCAUAGAAUAGUUAUAACACUGGUCUCCUAAUAGCAGCAGGCUAGGCAGUGGGUUGGUGUCCAGAGUCACGUGCUACACAUACAGGACAGAAUUGGACUAGAGGCCUUAUUUCUGUCAAGAACACAAUGACCAGGGGAGGUGUGGGAACACAUAGCAGUGCCACGCCCUGAUCUGUUUCACCUGUCCCUGUGAUUGUCUCCACCCCCUCCAGGUGUCGCUUAUUUUCCCCUGUGUUCCUGUCUCUCAGUGCCAGUUUGUCUUGUAUGUUUUCCAAGUCAACCAGCGUUUUUCCCGUUCUCCUGCUUUUUGCUAUUCUCCUUUUUCUAGUCCUCCCGGUUUUGACCCUUGCCUGAUUUUGGACUCUGUACCCGCCUGCCUGACCAUUCUGCCUGCCUUGACCACCAGCCUGUCUGCCACUCUGUACCUCCUGGACUCUGAUCUGGUUUUGACCUUUUGCCUGUCCACAACCAUUCUCUUGCCUACUCCUUUGGAUGAAUAAACAUUGUAAGACUUCAA